AUUGAGACAACUCGCCCACCACCUCUAUCCCACCCUCCGCACCUCCAGGAUGUCGACCGUGCACAACACCAACGUCGCCUGCUGCACCAUCGCCCCUGUCAAGUCUGACUACGUUCCGAAGGGCAAGUACAAGCCCUAUGCCGGCUUCAGCAAGGUCUACGUGACUGGCCCGGAGACCCCAGGGAAGGUCGCCAUCGUCUGCGUCUACGAUAUCUUUGGCUUCAAACCGCAGACCCAGCAAGGCGCUGAUAUCCUCGCUGAGAAGCUGAAGGCUCAGGUCCUCAUGCCCGAUUUCUUCGAGCCGGGCGAACCGUGGCCCGUUGAUCAGUUCCCACCGAAGACGCCGGAGGAGCAGAAGAAGCUACAGGAGUUCUUCGGAGGCAUUGCCAAGCCUACCGACGGUGUCGCAAGACUCAUCAACGUCGCAAAGACCCUCAAGUCUGAGGGAGUUGAAUUUGUUGGUGCCUACGGGUUCUGCUGGGGUGGAAAGGUAACAAUCCUUGCUGGCUCUCAGGAUGCCACUCCUUUGGAUGCUGUCUCGGCUGUUCAUCCUGCGAUGCUCUCUCACGAUGAUGUCACCAAGCUCAGCAUCCCAUUGGGGCUUUACCCCAGCAACGACGAGCCGGUGGACGAGAUCAAGCAGAUUCUGGAGAUUGUCUCGAAGAAACCCAUCUCGGAGAAGAGCGACUACAAGCACUAUGAUUCCUUCCAUGGCUUCGCGGCGGCGCGUGCGGACCUCAAUGACGCCGAGAAUAAGAAGCACUACGAGGACCUAUACGGCCGUCUCUGCGGGUACUUCAGCAAGGUCAGCGGUAUCCCCUGCGAGUGAAAGGCCUCGUGUAGAAGAAGUGACGAUGUUGUACAAUAUCCGAAGCACUUGUCCAUUUGUUGUAAAACGUCAAUGAUCCUGCAACUGUUGUAAUGCAAAAAAUUAGCGCCGAAUCACGAGGGC